GGGAGGAGAAGGAGAGUACAUGUCAAUACGCCGAGUUCUACUGCUGAUUAAGCCUUUCACUCGACCAAAUCAUCCUCACCAGAAUCCUUAUCAAAAUGUAGAAAAUGGUGGGAAUGUCGCCAUGUCAAGCUGGAAAUCUUACAGAAACAAAGAUGGUUCAAUGAGAUAACAAACUCUUCACAGAAGCACGAAAUGGCUGAACAUAGAUUCUUAGGUAACUGGGAUGAUAGGUGUAGAGUUCACAAAGACACGAUAAACCUUUUUGGUGGAGAUGGAACUCUUUUGCAAGCUAGUCAUUUUAUGGACGACAAAAUUCCAGUAAUGGGAGUUAACUCUGAUCCUACUCAAGACAUUGAGGUGGAGGAAAAGAUUGGUGAGUUUGAUGCUACAAGAAGCACGGGUUAUUUAUGUGCUGCAACAGGAAGAAAUUUUGAGCAAGUCCUUGAUGAAGUCCUUGAAGGGAACAAAACACCUUCAGAACUGACUAGAAUUUUGAUACGUGUCAAUGAUCUUCCAUUGUCUACAUAUCCUCUCAACGAUGUUCUAAUUGCUCACCCCUGUCCAGCAGCAGUGUCAAGCUUCUCAUUUCAGUUGAAGAAAGAUCUUGAAAACUCAUCUGCUUUAGUACACUGUCGAUCUAGCGGUCUUAGGAUUUGCACUGCCGCUGGAUCAACAGCUGCGAUGCUCUCAGCUGGAGGAUACCCAAUGCCAAUAUUAUCUAGAGAUCUUCAUUAUAUGGUGAGAGAACCCAUUCAUCCGGGUAUGUUCUCCCACUUGAUGCAUGGGUCAAUUUCACCCGAUCAAUCCAUACACAUUGUAUGGAAAUCUGUAGAAGGAAUGAUAUAUAUUGAUGGCUGUCAUGUCUUCCAUCCUAUCCAAUAUGGAAGCAAUGUCGAGAUAUCAGCCAAGGCCCCAGUUUUGAAAGUUUUCUUGCCUUCUCACUUGGUCUCCUAGGGUUUUUGUUAUCGCUUUUCUGUUUUUGCUUGUUAAGUGGUCUAAAUUGAUGCUAUGCAUCCUAUGGUAUGUGAAGUCUUUUCUUUUGUUGAAGUGCUUGUAUAUAUUGAUUUACUUAUUAUCUUCAUUCAUGUAGCAUGCGGAUUCUUUUCCUUCA